ACAUUGAUCGUGUUCAGCCUCUUGCGCUCGGCUCCCAUCAUCAGCAUUGCUUGCUCUUCCUUCACCACACGCCUGUCAUCGGUAGCUCAGGAACAGAAGACAUGGACAUUAAGUCGGUUUUCCGAUGGCUGUGGGUUCACAGAAACUACCUGAUCAUCUUCAUCACCCCCUUUCUGAUCCUGCCUCUGCCUUUGGUCAUCCCUACAUCAGAAGCGAGGUGUGGUUAUGCCAUCAUUCUCAUGGCACUGUAUUGGUGUACAGAGUGUAUCCCAUUGGCCGUCACAGCCCUGCUGCCUGUUGUCCUGUUUCCUAUGAUGGGCAUCAUGGAAUCUGACAAGGUGUGUAUUGAGUAUUUAAAAGACUCCAACAUGCUUUUUAUCGGGGGACUGUUGGUGGCUAUUGCUGUGGAACACUGGAACCUCCACAAACGCAUCGCCCUCCGGGUUCUCCUGAUAGUUGGAGUUCGACCCGCUUUGCUGAUGUUGGGCUUCAUGGUUGUGACUGCCUUCCUCUCCAUGUGGAUUAGCAACACGGCCACCACAGCCAUGAUGUUGCCCAUUUCUCAAGCUGUACUCGAGCAGCUCAGCGCCACAGAAGCAGAAGCUGAUGAGAAAGAAGGACAAGAUCACCAAGCUUUCGAAUUGGCUGAGGUCUCCGACACCAAACUUGCUGUGGAAAAUACUACCGGGGACAAACUCAAUAACAGCUCAGAUCCAGAAACGGGAAUCAUUUCAGCAUCUGAAAGCAGGGCGAUGGAACGCAAGGCUCGAAAUCUUCAUCUUUUUAAAGCGAUGAAUCUUUGCGUGUGUUACUCUGCCAGUAUCGGAGGAACAGCGACUUUAACCGGCACAACACCAAAUCUCAUUCUGAAGGGCCAGAUGGAUAAGAUUUAUCCACAAAACGGUAAUGUCAUAAACUUUGCCAGCUGGUUCGGUUUUUCCUUUCCAAACAUGGUGUUGACACUUCUGCUGUCCUGGCUUUGGCUUCAGUGCAUGUACAUGGGCUUGAAUUUUAAAAAAUCAUUCGGCUGCGGACAGACAAACGAGGGAGACUCACAAGCCUACAAUGUGAUGAAGAAUGAAUAUAAGAAGUUGGGUCGCAUGUCUUUUGCCGAGUCUGCGGUGCUCACCGUCUUUAUAUUAUUGGUGAUAUUGUGGUUUACAAGAGAACCAGGUUUCAUGCCAGGCUGGGCUACUGAGCUUUUCAACAAAGAUGGAGAUUAUGUCACGGAUGGCACUGUAGCCAUUUUAAUGUCAAUGCUGUUCUUCAUCAUUCCAUCACGGGUGGAGUGUUGCUCUUCACAAAAAAAUAUGGAUGAUGAUGAUGAUGAUGAGUCUGAAAGAGUAGAUCAGGAUGCAGGAAAAAAACAAAAUACAAAGAACACACCGGAGAAGGCAACAACCAAGUGGACGGCCCCUCCAACUCUUUUAAACUGGCAAGUGGUGCAUGAACGGAUGCCCUGGAACAUAGUUCUGCUGCUGGGAGGAGGAUUCGCGUUGGCGAGUGCCAGUGAGGAAUCUGGAUUGUCCAAGUGGUUGGGUGAAAGUUUGUCUCCUCUGCAGAGCAUCCCACCCUUCGCCAUCGCUCUGACAAUCUGUCUGGUGGUGGGGGUGUUCACCGAAUGCUCAAGCAACACAGCGACCACCACUCUCUUCCUCCCUAUUCUUGCUUCCAUGGCCACGACAAUCGAGCUCCAUCCUCUGUACGUCAUGAUACCUUGCACCCUUAAGGCAUCACUAGCGUUCAUGCUUCCUGUUGCCACUCCACCCAACGCCAUUGCUUUCUCCUACGGCAACCUCAAAGUCGCAGACAUGGCAAAAGCAGGAUUAAUGCUGAACAUCAUUGGCAUUCUGUGCAUCAGCCUCAGCAUCAACACUUGGGGAUCAGCCAUGUUUCAGCUCAACACUUUUCCUUCAUGGGCCAACAGCACAAGCAACAACAACACACAUGGAACACCAUGAUUGAAGUCCCAUUCAAUCCUUUGGUUUAGAGAAAGUACUGAAGGGCCAGAGAAUAAAAAAAAGUCAAGAAAGGCAAAAAGCAUCAUAGUAUGCAGAAUCCCACCUUUAUCAAUGACCUCUGGUGCUAGAGCUCAUUUUUCUAUCAAACAUCUACUUUUCACUGUAUUAAGUCGAGCACUCAUGACCAAAUGGUUUUGAAUUUUGCAUCUCAGUAUUUAAAAAUUCACUCUCAAUGAUAAAGUCAAGCCAAGCAGGUCUUUGUAAAUGUGAGUUGGCCCCACAUAGUGGUUUUGCUGCCCCAUUGUGGUGGAAGAUGAUCUUCAUCAGAAAAGGUUCAUACAGAGCUUUGCUGGACAUAAUGGGUUUGGGGUUUCAUGAGCUCUUCUGUUCUUCCAUUUGUGCUGGUUCACGAAAAUCUAAUUUAUAGGGUCUCAUUCAGACCUUUUAUAUUUCUGAUCCCUUUUUGGAUCACCGAGCCUGUGUUUACUUUUUUAAUACACACUUGAAUAAACAUAUACUCCAAACUAAA